CGGAGCACCGCCGGAAAGGGAAGCAAUUAAUGCACAAAAUUCACGAUUCGUCCAAGUCCUAGUAGUCUCCAUUUUUCGGGUCAAUAAAAAGACCGCGCUCUUCAAUGGUCAGCACCCACAUAUUCUGCCAUUCAAUUUCUCUCUAUAAAUAACAACACUCCUUCCCCUCAUUGCAUCAUCAAAGUACCCACUCACCAACCAGCAGCACGAAAGAGCCAAGAAAUACCCACUUCUCUUGAUCUCUCUAAUUCUUUCUAAUUUCUCCAACAAAGCAGAAAACUCACCAAAUCUUCAUUCGCUCUAAAAAUGGCAUCUUCCACGCUGUCCUCUCCAAUCUUUCGUCUAGAAUUUCCCUCUACCAGAAAACCCUCUCCAUCACUCUCCCUUCCCCCAGUCAGAGCCUCCGUCUCCGAAAAACCCUCCCUCUCCGUACCGGCAGUGUCGGUGACAGCGCCGGAGCCCAGCAAGCUGCCGAUCCGCAAAAUCCCCGGUGAUUGCGGGUUUCCGGUCAUCGGUCCUUUCAUGGACCGUCAAGACUAUUUCUACAAGCAAGGCCGCGACGAGUACUUCAAAUCCCGAAUCCAGAAGUACCACUCGACGGUGUUCCGCACCAACAUGCCACCUGGACCCUUCAUUGCUCUAAACCCAAACGUCGUCGUUUUGCUGGACGGCAAGAGCUUCCCCGUUCUCUUCGACGUGACCAAGGUUGAAAAGAAAGACGUCUUCACCGGAACCUUCAUGCCUUCCACCGAACUAACCGGUGGCUACAGGGUCCUCUCCUACCUCGACCCUUCAGAACCCAAACACGCGCUUCUCAAGCGUUUGAUGUUCUUCCUCCUCAAGUCCCGUCGCGACCACGUGAUUCCCGAGUUCCACGCCAGCUACACCCAACUCUUCCAAACCCUUGAGAACGACCUCGCCGCCAAGGGCAAAGCCAGCUUCGGCGACGCCAACGACCAAGCCGCGUUUAACUUCCUGGCUCGCUCUCUCUUCGGCUCAAACCCCACCGACUCCAAGCUCGGCCUCGACGGCCCAAAACUGGUUCAGAAAUGGGUUCUGUUUCAACUCGGCCCAAUUCUCCGAUUGGGAUUCCCCCAGUUCAUCGAGGAGUCCACGAUCCGCUUGUUCCGUCUCCCUUCGGCUCUCAUAAAAAAAGACUACCAGCGCCUCUACGAAUUCUUCUACGAGUCUUCGGGCUUCGUCCUCGACGAAGCCGAGCGAUUAGGUGUUUCGCGUGACGAGGCUUGCCACAACCUCUUAUUCGCCACGUGCUUUAAUUCCUUCGGGGGAAUGAAGAUCUUUUUCCCCAACGUGAUUAAAUGGAUCGGGCGCGCCGGAGUAAAGCUCCACGCGCAGCUCGCGAGUGAGAUCAGGUCCGCGGUGAGAGCCGCCGGUGGUGAGGUCACCAUGGCGGCGAUGGAGCAGAUGCCGCUGAUGAAGUCGGUGGUGUACGAAGCGUUCAGGAUCGACCCUCCGGUGCCGUUGCAGUUCGGGAGGGCAAAGAGGGACAUGGUUAUUGAGAGCCACGAACACGCGUUUCAGGUGAAAGAAGGGGAAAUGCUGUUUGGGUACCAACCUUUUGCAACGAAGGAUCCUAAGAUCUUCGAGAGGGCCGAGGAAUUUGUCGGGGACAGGUUCGUGGGCGAGGAAGGGGAGAAGCUCCUGAAGCAUGUGCUGUGGUCGAAUGGGCCUGAAACUGAGUCUCCAACAGUAGGGAACAAGCAAUGCGCUGGGAAGGAUUUUGUUAUGUUGGUUUCUCGGCUUCUCAUUGUGGAACUGUUUCUGCGUUACGAUUCGUUUGAGAUUCAAGUGGGAUCUUCGCCCUUGGGUUCUAACGUUACCCUCACCUCGCUAAAGAGAUCAAGCUUUUAGUUUUUUUUUUUUUUUUUUUUGGAUCAGUUAGGACAGUUAUAUAUAUUAUUGUUUAUACUAUUACCUGUGAUUUUGGGAGCUGGACUUUAAUUAGUGUGGUCUAGGAGGUAGCUUUUUGGUGGGGGCAUCAUGCACUCCACUGAAGUAGUGGAAGCUACUUGGAGUCUAGGAUGCAAUGCUGGUGUUGCUACCAUUCAUAAUGUGCUCUCCCUCAUUCAACAGUGAUGAAGAUAAUGUUGGGUGGGGCUCUCCCUGCCCUGUGUUGAUGGGACUUUGAACAAAUUGUAUUAUACGGAAUUAUUUUCUAAAAUAUCUUUUGUGGAAUAGCAUGCUAUUAUUA